AAAUACAGUCUCACCGAUCUAUCUCAACAACCACUCCAAAGUAUCUUCAACUGUUUCACUCACUCACACAUCGCCGCCACACACCACCAAACCAUGAGGUGGUCGCCGCCGCCUCCGCCGCGGCCGGCGGCGAUCUUCACCGCCUUACGCGGCGGAGGCCUCGGUUUAGCCGCCAUGUCGUACGUCGGCGUUGACUACCUCCGCUACCUUGCUCCGUCGUGGCACGAGAAGCUCCAGCCGCUUCUCUGGACCGUUCUCGCUCUCAUCGCCGUUGUUCGCGUCCCUUUCUACAAGCACUGGUCCGCCGAGCUCCGUUCCGCUCUCCCCUUCGUCGCCGCCUUGCUUUUCAUGCUCUCUGCUCUCCUCUUCGAAGCUCUCUCUGUUCGCUUCGUCACCGCCGUUCUCGGCCUCGAUUGGCACCGUAAUACUGCACCUCUUCCGGACACUGGGCAGUGGUUUCUGCUGGCAAUGAACGAGAAACUUCCUCACACAAUGGUUGAGAUAUUGAGAGCCCAUGUAAUUGGGCUACACCAUUUCCUGAUGUUGUUCAUAAUGUUGGCAUUUUCUGUGCUAUUUGACUCUGUAAAAGCUCCUGGUCUUGGGCUGGGUGCAAGAUAUAUAUUCACCAUGGCGAUUGGGCGCCUUCUUCGGGCCAUAACUUUUGUGUCUACAAUUCUGCCAUCAGCUCGGCCUUGGUGUGCAUCAACUCGGUUCAGAGUCCCUGCAUACCCUCAUCGUUGGGCUCAAAAAUAUUAUGUACCUUAUGCUUCUGAUGCCAACGCUAUACGCCAGCUUAUCCAUCUUGAUAGAGCUUUUGAUGAAGUUGCAAAUUUCAUUGAAGAUCCCCGUCCAGAUUGGGGAUCAAUGAACUUCUUAAUUGAUUUCUUGCGACCCAAUGCUUUCGAAGGAUCGUCAUGGUAUCAUCUUCUGAAAAAGGCUGGAGGCGGCUGCAACGACCUCCUAUACAGUGGCCAUAUGCUCGUAGCAGUACUCACAGCUAUGGCAUGGACGGAAGCUUAUGGAGGUUUUAGCUCAGUUCUGAUAUGGCUACUAGUAAUGCACAGUGCCCAGAGAGAAGUACGGGAACGCCACCAUUACAGUGUGGACUGUAUCGUGGCCAUCUACGUGGGCGUUCUCCUUUGGAAGAUGACAGGUUUUAUUUGGCGAACCAAGGACGCAUCGAGGGAUAGGAGGCUAGACAAGCUAGAGAAGAUUCAAAGCAGAUUAAUCCAGGCUGCAAAAGAUUCUGACAUGGAUGAGGUGAGGGAGCUCUUGAAAGAGGUUGAGUUGGGCAGUCAAGAGAUCCACCAUACUAGCACGAGCCGGGCUAUGUGGUUGUUCUCUGGCGCCACCAUUUUCUCCACACUUACCAUUGUUCUUCUGGCUUUUACAUGGACGAGUGAUGGGUGAUUUUUUGCUGUGAUUUUUGGAGGGCUUUUGUGCCACGAUUUAGCACCACGGUUAAGAAGUCUCAACAUUGUAGUUUAAUGUAACUUUUGAGUCUGUCAUCUUUUUCUUUUUUCUUUAUUUCUUUUUCUUUUAGUGUGUUCUUUGUUGUAUUUCCAUUUCCUGCAGAUGAUCUCCAACUCUGCCAUAUAUCUUCCCACGGGUUGAAGCGAAGAAAGACAUUUUGCAUAUUUGUCUAAUUGUUUGUAUUUGUUAGAAAAAAAGAAGAGAAAAAAAAAAUCAUAUUAUGAUGUCAACAACAGGUCACAAUUUGUUGAAAAUUAGGAGGGAUUUAUUUUGCCAUUUGGUUGUCUUGAAAAAUUAAGGAAAUGAUAAUUGUUGUAACUGAGAAUUUUUAUUCA